AUGGGGCACCCCGGGGCACACGGACAGCCGGGGCCGAGGGUACUUGGGGGCAUCCAGGGCUGGAGGGUGCAUGGGGCACCCCGGGGCACACGGACAGCCGGGGCCGAGGGUACUUGGGGGCAUCCAGGGCUGGAGGGUGCAUGGGGCACCCCGGGGCACACGGACAGCCGGGGCCGAGGGUACUUGGGGGCAUCCAGGGCUGGAGGGUGCAUGGGGCACCCCGGGGCACACGGACAGCCGGGGCCGAGGGUACUUGGGGGCAUCCAGGGCUGGAGGGUGCAUGGGGCACCCCGGGGCACACGGACAGCCGGGGCCGAGGGUACUUGGGGGCAUCCAGGGCUGGAGGGUGCAUGGGGCACCCCGGGGCACACGGACAGCCGGGGCCGAGGGUACUUGGGGGCAUCCAGGGCUGGAGGGUGCAUGGGGCACCCCGGGGCACACGGACAGCCGGGGCCGAGGGUACUUGGGGGCAUCCAGGGCUGGAGGGUGCAUGGGGCACCCCGGGGCACACGGACAGCCGGGGCCGAGGGUACUUGGGGGCAUCCAGGGCUGGAGGGUGCAUGGGGCACCCCGGGGCACACGGACAGCCGGGGCCGAGGGUACUUGGGGGCAUCCAGGGCUGGAGGGUGCAUGGGGCACCCCGGGGCACACGGACAGCCGGGGCCGAGGGUACUUGGGGGCAUCCAGGGCUGGAGGGUGCAUGGGGCACCCCGGGGCACACGGACAGCCGGGGCCGAGGGUACUUGGGGGCAUCCAGGGCUGGAGUGUGCAUGGGGCACCCCGGGGCACACAGACAGCCCUGGGCAGAGGGGUGCCCGGGCACCCCCAAGAGAGAGGGGCAUGGGGACACCUCGGGGCUCACGGACACCCCUGGGCAGAGGUACAUUGGGGCACCCCGGGGCACAUGGACAUCCUGGGUUAGAGGUGAUGGGGACAUCCCAGGACACACGGACAUCCCUGGGCAGAGGGGCACGGGGGCACCUCGGGGCACAUGGACGUCCCCGCGUUAGAGGUGAUGGGGGCACCCCGGGGCACAAGGGCAUCCCCGGGCAGAGGUGAUUGGGACACCUUGGGACACUCGGACAUCCCCAGGUUAGAGGUGAUGGGGACAACCAGGGGCACAUGGACAUCCUGGGUUAGAGGUGAUGGGGGCACCUCAGGGCACACGGACGUCCCCGGGCAGAGGGGCACGGGGGCACAUGGACAUCCCCGGGCAGAGGUGAUGGGGGCACCGCAGAACACACAGACAUCCCUGGGCAGAGGUGCACGGGCACAUGCCGGGGAACACGGACAUUCCCAGAGGUGAUAGGGGCACCUCGGGCACGAGGGCACACAGAUAUCCCCAGGUUAGAGGUGAUGGGGACAACGUGGGGCACACGGACAUCCCCAGUCAGAGGUGAUGGGGGCAUCCCAGGACACACGGACAUCCCUGGUCAGAGGUGCACAGGCACACCCCGGGGCACACAGACACCCCUGGGCAGAGAGGCAGAGGGGUACCCAGGCACCCUGGGGCACCCGGACACCCCUGGGCAGAGGUACAUGGGAGCACCCCGGGGCACAUGGACAUCCUGGGUUAGAUAUGAUGGGAGCAACCCGGGGCACACAGACAUCCCUGGUCAGAGGUGCACAGGCACACCCUGGGGCACAUAGACACCCCUGGGCAGAGGGGCAGAGGGCUACCCGGACACCCCCAGGCAGAGGUACAUGGGGGCACCCCCGGGCACAUGGACAUCCCUGGCCAGAGGUGAUUGGGACACCUUGGGGCACACGGACAUCCUGGGUUAGAGGCGAUGGGGGCACCCUGGGACACACAGACACCCCCAGGCAGAGGCGAUGGGGGCACCCUGGGGCACAAAGACACCCCCAGGCAGAGGUGCACUCUGGGGCACACAGAUAGCUCUGGGCAGAGGUGAUGGGGACACCCUGGGGCACAUGGACGUCCCCACGUUAGAGGUGAUGGGGACAUCCUGGGGCACAUGGACAUCCUGAGUGAGAGGUGAUGGGGGCACCCCAGGACACACGGACGUCCCCGGGCAGAGGGGCACGGGGGCACCCCGGGAUUGGAGCAGGCACACGGCACCCUGGGGCACGUAGCCAUCCCCAGCCAGGGCACACAGAGGCAUCCUGGACGGAGGGCGCUUCGGGGAUGGGGGGCAUCCAAGGGCGCAGGGGGACC